GCACAUGUGCAGGCCAGUGAACAUCUUAAGGAUUCAGAGAAGGCUGGGGAGCAAGUGCUGCGGUCAGACGAAACUGAAAUCAACUCAGCCCACCGUGUUUGGAGGAAGAGAAAUGCUAAGUAUGACCCAAAGAAAAGCAUCCCCACAAUGAAACAUGGAGGUGGAAACAUACUGUUUUUCUGCUAAGGACUACAGGAUGACUUUGCUGCAUUGAGUAGCCAUUGGAGGUGGGGGGCAUGUACAUGAAAAGUAACCUCCUUCCCUCAGUCAGCAUGGCAAUGAUUCAAAACGUGAUUCAGUUAUAAUGAUUCCAAAGCAACGGAGACACGCCUAAAGUAGAAGAACAAUAAGGUCAUCACGUGGCUAGCCAAUCCAGCCUAAAUCCUGUAGAAAAUCUGUGGACGACGCUGAAGCUUCAAGUUGCCAAACAGCUGCCAAGAAACUUAAAUGUUUCUGUAAAGAGGAGUCAACCAAAAUCUCUCCUGAGAUGCAUGCAGAUUUGGCGACCAGCUUUAAGAAAAACUUUAUCUCCGUGCUUAGCAACGCAACCAGUGUCACCUACUCAGCCAACAUGUCUGAUGGCCGGAUCUAUGUCGGGAAUCUUCCCAUGGAUGUCCAGGAGAGAGACAUUGAGGAUCUCUUCUACAAAUAUGGAAAAAUUCGUGAAAUAGAAUUGAAGAACAAUAGAGGCACUAUCCCUUUUGCCUUCGUCCGAUUUGAAGACCCACGGGAUGCAGAUGAUGCGGUCUAUGGAAGGAAUGGAUAUGGAUAUGGGGACUCCAAGCUGCGUGUGGAGUAUCCUCGUUCUAAACCUGGCCCAAUGGGAGGUGGUGGAGGAGCACCUAGAGGAAGGUUUGGACCCCCAACUCGAAGAUCUGAAUUCCGGGUCAUAGUGUCUGGACUGCCACCAUCUGGAAGCUGGCAGGAUUUGAAGGAUCACAUGCGGGAAGCAGGAGAUGUCUGUUUUGCAGAUGUGCAGCGUGACGGAGAGGGCGUAGUGGAAUUUCUCCGUAGAGAGGACAUGGAGUAUGCACUGCGUAGAUUGGAUGGGACGGAGUUCCGUUCACAUCAGGGGGAGACUGCUUACAUCCGUGUGUAUGAGGAAAGAGGUACUCCCAACUGGGAUCGAUCACGAUCCCGUUCCAGAUCCAGAGGUCGCUAUUCUCCUUACUAUAACAGAAGAUCUCCCCCUGCGCGCUACCAGUCGCCUCCACGCCAUGCUAUGUCACGGCAUAGCCCACCUCCGAGAAGACACCUUCCACCACACCACAGCCCACCACCACGUCAUUAUCGGUAGAAAGUCGCAUCAUUUUAAGGAAUUGGAUGAUUAUUUUUUAAUUUUUUUUUUGGUUUGUUUUUGUAAUUUUACAUUUGAUUUUUUUGUUUUUUGUUUUUUUUUUUAAAAACCUCAGGCCUCCUCAUAGGACACACCAUUUUUAUUUCUUGAUUAAAAACAUUCCAUGGUCAGGAACCCGUGAACAACCUGCUCCUCCCAACAGUCUUGUUUUUUUGGGGAGUUUUUUUUGUUUGUUAAACACCCAUACAUUAUCUGGAAACAGAAUUAUGUGUUAACUUUUUGUGAGAUAACCAUUUGACCAUUAUGUAACAUAUUGGAGGUUUCUUUUAUAAAGAAAUUCGGGAGUGUGAUGUCAAACAUUUAAAACAAAGUACACAUUUCUGCAGUCCUGCUUCUUGAAUUGACGUAAUUUUAUUUUUCAUGUGUCACAUCUUGGUAGCUUUAAGUAUGAAAGGGUGCGUUUUCUGUUUGGCCAAACCAAGAACCCAUAAAACUAAUCAGUAUAGUAAAAUUAGUGAACCCUUUUAGUGUAACACGUUGACUGUGAGACUUAAUUGUCCUUCAUUUUUUGGGGUUUUUCUUUGUGCGUGUAGGCCGCUGAUCGAGGUGGUCUAAAUGUAGUUUAUAAUUUUUAUGCAUCUCUAUCGUUGUUUUUUUUUUUUUUUUCUUUACCAAUAAAAUGCAAACUUUUACUGUGA